UAUCCCGGUUUUAGGGUAAACGUAUCCCCGAUUUUCAGACAUUUUAGGGCGGAGCUUGUCAGAAGUUGUGAAGUGGUAAAAAUGAGACAGCGCCAUCUAGUGAUAAGACGUUGACUUUCAAAUAAUACUUUCGGCGGCCAUUUUUGUGUAAUAUGUGAAUACGGCGGCCAUCAUCGUGUAUUACGUGAAUGAAGCCUAACCAUAAUUUCUGUAAAAAUGGUUGGCAGGUGUGCUGUUCCUGGUUGUAAAUCAACAUAUUUCAAAGGAAAUCAAAAAGAAAACGAGGUUACCCUGGUUGCAAUUCCUAAAACUUCAUUAUCUAAAUGGCGAGAACUAAUUCCAUGUAGUUAUUUGACGAGCACCUCACGUAUUUGCUCCCGUCAUUUUGACGAAAGUGACUUCAAAUCAGGGAUUUAAAUUUUGAACGUGUUCCAUCCUUUCAAACGUAGGAAUCGUAAUGCUGGAGCAAUUCCCAAACAUUUUCUGAUAAAUGAUACACCUAGUCGACAAGCAAUGCAAAAUGUUGAUGGUUUCAAAUGGAGAAAUAACAUUAAUGUGGAAACAAAUGCUAGCAAUGCAUCAGUAAGGAAACGACCAAAAGUAGACAAAAUACCUACUACGUCUAAGAGAAAAAAAUUUGACAGUACAGCACCCUCCAUGGAAAUUACCUCUACUAUUAAAGAAUCAAUCAACAUUCCCCAGGCUGCUGAAGAAGCAAUUUUUGAUCCACUUCCAGAUUCAAUCAAGGAAAAUCUUGCUGUUGUCAUGGAAGAUACGACAGUUGCAUCACCUUCUGUGGAAGCUACCUCUACUAUUCAAGAAUCAAUGGACACCCACCAGGCUGCUGAAGAAGCAAUUUUUGAUCCACUUCCUGAUGUUAUGAACGAAAAUGUUGCUGUUGUCAGAGCAAUAGAUACCUGGUCGGUUCUCGGCCGUGUUGGCUUCCCUAUCCCGGUUUCAGGGUAAACGUGGUCCGAUUUGGAAAAAAUGAUGAGCGCCUCUAGUGAGUGUGUCAGGUACUACGUGAAGCCAGCCAAUCAGGAAGGGUCUAUGAAAAACUCAUUGACCAAUCACAGCUUACUUUUCUACAAGAAGUGAACAAAAUAAAAAGGUAGAAGUAUCCAACUGUCAAACCUCUAGGUCUUUUCUAAGUGUCCCAACAUUCUUACAUUUUAUUGUUUGGUUGCGUAAAUUGUUUAUUCUUUGUAAGUGUCCAAACAUUCUUACAUUUUAUUGUUUGGUUGUGUAAAUUGUUUAUUGUUCCGUUGACAUAAUACACUACUUCUUGUUUUGAAA